AUGGAUAGCAAGGAGCAAAGAGAGAGACUGAAGAACAUUGAAGCUGAAUACGCCAAUUACUUGAAAACAAAGUACUUCUCGGAUAAAGAUAUCUAUGGAGGUAAAAUUUUUGAAGAGAAGACGAUUGACGGAAUGACUAUUAGGGCAAGCAGCGAGGAUGUGAUUAGAUCUUAUCAGGAUCCUCUUGGGUAUUGGAAUGAGAAGUACGCACCGCGUACAGAGUCUUCAACAGAUUCAACAGAAACAACAACAACAACAACAACCAACCAUUCGAAAGGAAACCACUCCUCUAAAAAGAGUGCUUAA